GUCAGGGCCCGCGGAAAUGAGCGAGCAUAAUCUCCUUAAUCCUGGCUUUGUGGGACCUUUGGUGAACAUCCACACGGGAGACACCUUCUACUUCCCCAAUUUCCGAGCCUCCGGAGGGCAGCUGCCCGGCCUGCCGUCCCUCUCCUACCCCAGAAGGGGCAAUGUUUGCUCCCUGCCCUGGGCAUCCUCCGAGCCCUGCAACGGAUACCCCCAGCCCUACCUCAGCAGCCCCGUCUGUUGUAUCAGUGUGGGGGGCGAGAGUGAGCAAGGGGUAUCUCUCUGGCAUCUGGGACACAGACCUAUGUGUUCAGGUGCUCCUUGGUACCCGAUGCACACACGGUCCCGGAAAAAGCGAAAGCCCUAUUCCAAACUCCAGCUGGCCGAGCUGGAAGGGGAGUUUAUGGUCAACGAAUUCAUUACCCGCCAGAGGAGGAGGGAGCUCUCAGACCGAUUAAACCUGAGUGACCAACAGGUGAAGAUUUGGUUCCAGAACCGGCGCAUGAAAAAGAAAAGACUGCUUCUGCGGGAACAAGCCCUUUCUUUCUUUUAAAGCCCUCACAGCCUGCAGGUUGGUUAACCGCAUAGACUAGUGUUCGUCCUAGCGGGUGGUCCCGGGACUUUACCUGAUCACUCGUCAUUUUCCUUAAAAACAAACAAACAAACAAACAAGCGAGCGAGCAUUGUAAGUACCAGAAUCUGCAUCUCCUACACUGGAAUUGUUGGGAAGCUAACCCCGAGGUGAAUAUGCAACUCCCCCUCCCCCACCCAUCAGCCAGAGUUGGGGGGUCUACGGUCUACACGCGUGUCCGCCGCGUUGAGUCUGUGGUGGGGAGGACAGAGUCCCCUUUCAUUGAGCGAGGGAGUUGGGGGGGUCCCCCCACGCACUAAGAUUUCUUGGGUGGUGUGCGGUGUUUUCUCCCUACCCCGCUGUCUUGGCUCCGGACAGCACCACAGAUUGGCCUAGGAGCCAAGCCACUGACUGUACAUUGUCACUGAGGCUUCUCUGGAGUGGAAGUGGCGCCUUAGUGCAGCGCCUGCCCAUUCUUAGGGUGACCGGCUCGCCGCCAGGGGUGCACCUAUUUUC